AUGUUUUCUAAGAAAAUUAAGAAAUAAGAAAUUAAGUUGAUUGACAAUGAUAAAGACGAUGAUUAAUUAUAAUAUUCUAAUCUUAAUCAACAUCCAUAAAUAGAUAAAUCAAUUUAGAAAUAAAAAAGAGUUGGAAUCAAUGUUUAAUAAUUGGCCAAAGAAAAAUAGAUCUCUCAAAAAAAGUCAGCCACUAAUAAUGAAAGAGAAAGAAAUUUCCUUAAUCAAGAUUCCGCUCGAGGAUUAACGAGCAUAAACUACAUUAAGCAAAAAACUGAAAAGCCAGAUAAACUCAUGGAAAAAUACGUCUAAGAAAAAAUUAAGAGUGUAGAUCCCUUAGCAUUUUGUGGUCAGGUUGAGAAUGUUCAAGAUGAAUAAUAAAGAGACGCUGAACUCUUAGAAGAAAUUCGUGAGACUUAAGCCAAAUUUUUAUCGAAAAAUGAAGAAAAGGACCCAUCCUUCUAUGUCGGUGGUAUUAUCCAAGUCAAUUUAUCUCUUGAAGAGGAAGCUUAAAAGCUAGCAUAAAUGGAGGAUUUAAAAAGAGAUCAAUACAUUUAAACCAUUAUUCAAGGAAAACCAAAAAGAGCAGCACCUGUAGUUGUACAUCCAGAUGAAGAAGAAGAUAAGGAAACAAAAGCAUUUAGAGAACUUAAAUCAAAGUUUUACCAAAAAGGAAGAAUUUUUAAAUACUAACAAAUGAAAAAAACAAUAGACAAUAUUAAACCUGAGAUUGAACAAUCAAAAUCAUGA